UGGACGAUGCGUUUUUCCCGAAGGCCUUUCCACCUGGUCGCGAUACAACAUUUCCACAGCGGGGGCGAAUAAAAACAGCGCGGGGGUCGAAAGACCUGAGAUGCGCAACAGUUUGAGAUUUCUCAGAGGAAUACUUCCUCGUGUCUGCGCAAGACGGUUCCAUUUAUUGCCGGACAACGUGACUUAAAACAAUCAAGCGUGAUCCUCGAGGAAAAGGUUAAUCGCCAGAAUUCCGCUGACUGCCCGUUGACACGUCAGGACGCGCGUUGUGAUCGUUCCUUAAUGAGGCUAAUUAAUCGGACUCUGUUUCCGCGAACCGUUUCCGAGAGCAUGGUAAUGACGUGACUUCUAUGGCAGCUCCAAUAACAUAUAACUUUGCGCUGAAUUAUUCAGUUUUAUUUGGACUUUCGUCAGCUGCUGGAGCAGUUGUGGUAUGAUAAAGCUAAUGUACAUUGGUCCAUCCCGGAUUGUUCUAACUGACCGCAUUAAUCAAAAUUUUUCUCCAUUGGGCAUCGAGGAUUUUAUCCAUUUUGGAGAGAAAUGAUGGCAAAUACGGAUCAGAAUGCUUCAAUUGUUGACUUUGCAACAUUGUUCUUUGACGAAAACACUACGAUUGUCUAUGACGGUGUAUUAAGUAAUGUGAAAAAGAAUGGCUCAAAUAUCACCCAUCCAAGGGAUACAAACUUGGCCAAGGCAGAACUGGCAGUUUCAGGCGUCAUCCUGUUUUUGGCUAUCUUUGGCAACUCGUUUGUCCUGUUUGUGGUAGGACGGAAAGGCAAUUUAAGCCGGAUGUUGUUAUUUAUUGCCCACUUGGCUAUAGCAGACUUGUUCACAGCGUUCUUCAGCACACUGCCGCAGUUCAUCUGGGACUUCACCUACCGUUUUCAAGGUGGAGAGUUCCUCUGUAAAUUAGUCAAAUACACCCAGCUUGUCUCCAUGUACGCCUCGGCCUAUGUUCUGGUCAUGACAGCAAUAGACAGGUACCUGGCCAUAUGCUACCCUCUUCGUUCACAACAAUGGAGUCCGCGCAAGGCACACGUGAUGGUGGCGAUCGCCUGGGGUGUUAGCCUUGCUUUAAGCAUACCCCAACUGACAAUCUUUGCCAUGCGCCCAGUCCCAGGGGAGGAGGGCGUUUUCGACUGUUGGGAUAACUUCAAUCCAGCAGAACCAUGGCUGACCAUAUGGGUGGCAUGGAUUGCCUUCUCUCUUUGGGUCCUGCCCAUUAUUCUUCUGGCUUUUACCUACGGGAACAUAUCGUACGUCGUCUGGAUGAGCACGAGGUCGCAGGAGACCGUCUCGUCCAGUCGAAGCUGCAGCCGGACAGGCCUGAGACUGGACUCCAGACGAAGCACGGACACUAGUUUCAACGGUACCCUCAAUGGACGCCGCUCUCUGACCAUAACACCGGUGACGUCGCCAACGGGGCCGCGGGCGCAUGUCCAUCGCCUGUCCCGCGCCAAGAUGAAGACCAUCAAGCUGACGUUGACGGUUGUGAUUGUGUAUAUUUUGUGCUGGUCGCCUUUUUUCAUAACACAGAUAUUGUUCCUUGUGGAUGAAAAUGUCGCCUAUAGUGAGUCAAGCAAAGUGGUUGUCACCAUUUUCCUGCUUCUUGCCAAUUUGAACAGCUGCACCAACCCAUGGAUUUACCUGUGCUUCGUCGACAGCCUUACCAAUCAUCUCUGUCCAGACACUAGGAGGCGCAGCAGUACGGCGUAUUCCAGUACAAACCCAACCCAUAUUUCCAGGGCUUCAUCUUUGGUGAAUUCCCCGGUUUCGGCCUCGGUCGUUAUGAACCAUGUGAAUAAUUACAAGGGGGACUCGUGUCUUUCAAGAAGAUCCGAUCCUCCAGCGUACAACAUCGAAGAAGGACAGUCGUUAGUCCCGACAACUUGA